AUGGGCAAAACAAGCAAUUUCUGCGCCUCCUGCUCUCUUAUAGACUUUUCCGUCCUUUUUACCGAAGACCGCAAGUGUUUCGAAGUGGGCACCCUUGCGGUUAUAGCCACGAGAACGGAUUGUCCCUUUUGUCGCUUCGUGACACAGAUUGUCGAGACGACCUGGGCCAAAUGGAAAGACGAAGUUUGGGAAUCCUCUAUGUCAAACAGCAUCACAGUUUGGGUCAAGACAACUCUCUGGGCUCACUAUGGCUACCGUUCAGGGGAGGAUCCACCACAUUUUCGAUAUCGACCAUCACUUGGAACCGACUGGACACCAGACACUCGUUAG